CUGAGAAGAGUCUGGGAGAGUGUUUGUGUCUACCUGUGACAGAAGACUAAAAAGUGAUAUCUUCAUGCUAAGACAUCCAUGAAGACUACGUGCUGACAAACAUCCACUCACCAACUGACAUCGACCAUGAUGGCGUCAGCGACCAAGUCGUUCUCGGAGGACGACUUGUCGUGCCCGGUGUGCUGUGACCUCUACAAGGAUCCGCUGCUGCUGCCCUGCACCCACUCCAUCUGCUCCGCCUGCCUCCACCGCUUCUGGGACUCCAGGGCCCCACAGACCCCGGAGUGCCCCGUCUGCCGAUCACCCUGCCCGGGGGACAAGCACCCGCUCAACCUGGCCCUCCGCAACCUCUGCCUCUCCUUCCUGGACGGCCAGGGGCAGGGCCAGGGGCAAGGGGCAGAAGGGGGCACCAACAGCAGUGCUGGAGGUGCAGCAGCAGGGGAGCUGUGUAGUCUUCAUGGUGAGAAGCUGAAGCUGUUUUGUCUGAACGAUAAGCAGCCGGCAUGUGUAGUGUGCCGCGACUCCAACAAACACACACACCACAUCUUCAUACCCGCCGACGAGGCCGGACCACAACUCAAGGAGGCAGUGCGUCUGAAUCUGGAGCCGUUGAGGAGGAAGCUGAAGACCUUUGAGGAGCAAAAAACAAUGCUGGACGACUGCGCUCUCCACAUCAGAGUACAGGCAGAGAAAACAGAGGCUCAGAUCAGAGAGGACUUUGAGAAGCUUCACCUGUUCCUCCGAGACGAAGAGACAGCCAGGAUAGCUGCACUGAGGGAGGAAGAGGUGCAGAGGAGUCGGGUGAUGAAGGAGAAGAUUGAGAAGAUGACCAAGGAUGUCCUGUCCAUCUCCUUCAAGAUCAGCACCAUAGAGGAAGCACUGAGGGCUAAUGACGUCCUAUUCCUGCAGAACUACAAGAACACUCUGGACAGGGCCCAGUGUACACUGCAGGAUCCAGAGAGGCUUUCAGGAGCUCUGAUCAAUGUGGCAAAGCACCUGGGCAACCUGAAGUUCAGAGUCUGGGAGAAGAUGCAAGGGAUUGCUCAAUACACUCCAGUGAUCCUGGACCCGAACACAGCACACCCCCACCUCCUGCUGUCCCCUGACCUGCUGAGUGUGCAUGCCAUUGGGGAGAGGCAGCCCCUGCCCCCCAUCCCCCAACGCCCAGACCUGGACCCCAGCAUACUGGGACACCAAGCACUGGGACCAGGGAUGCACAGUUGGGAGGUUGAGGUCCCCAGCCAGGGAGACUGGCUGCUGGGGGUGUUGUCAGAGUCUGCCCAGAGGAGAGGUGACGUGCACGGGCGUGCUGGGGCCUGGUACCUGGGGCACAUGGGGGGCACCUACAGCUCCAGCGCCACUCCCCAACCCCCGACCCUGCUCACCCUGCCACAGCCGCCCCGCACUGUGCGCAUCCAGCUGGACUGGGACAAGGGAAAGGUGUCCUUCUCCGACCCCGAGCACAACACCCACCUCCACACGUUCAGGCACGCCUUCGCAGAGAGGCUGUUUCCAUACUUCAACGUUGGGCUCUCGCCUCUCAGGAUCCUGCCCACCAAGACAGACGUGGAAUCACACAGCCCCACACACACUCUGGCUAAUGCUCCUGCGCCGCAAACACAUGCACCACUGCAGAGGAGGACGGAGAAGAGGAUCACAGACAAGUUCAGACGCAAGAGCUCCUCAUCUAGUACACUCACUGAGUAGAUAGAUAGGUGGAUAGACAGACAGACAGACAGACAGACAGACAGA